AUGUCUGCUGAAACCCCAACUCUUCCCACCUCCUUUUUAGAGCCUGUCCUUUCUCUUCCCUCCACUUCGGUUCGCCUCAGGUGGUACACGUGCGUGCUGGUGGCCCUCUCCUCGCUCAAUUACCCCGAUGUAAUCCCCCAAGUCUACUCCCACCUCGACGCCCAUCUGCUGUCCACUCUAUCUCAUGAGGACCGCUUCGCUGCCGUCCGCAAAAUCCGCGAGGGUCUGAUCAAGUCCACCGGCAUUGUAGGUGCCGCCCGGACGGGCAACGCAAUGCGCGCCCUGGGCGGCUGCAUACCUGAAGAGCUGCGCGAGAAAGAGUCGCUGAGGUCCAAGGAGUUAGUCGAAGUGGCCAGACAAAGAGGUAUGGCAUUCUGGACGAGGAUCUACUCCCAGAACCGGGCGUUCGACCCUGAGGCGUCUGUGCGGGCCAGUCCUGACUACGCGUUCAUCGUACGAGAGGUGCUCUACGGACAUAUCUUCUCCUUUGAUGGUGUCAUCGACGACCUGACUACCGGGUAUGUCAUUGUCUCGGCGCUCUACGGCAUGGACUGCCAGACCCAGUUACAGAACCACAUGAAGGGCAUGCUGAUCAAUGGUGCCACGAGGCAAGAUCUCGAGGGGCUCCGAGAGCUGUAUCUGGGGCUGGCAAAUAUCCUGGGGGUCAAAUCUAGGCACCCGCUUGCACCGAUCCCUACAAUGCCGGGCGAGGAAGAACUGAGUAAAUAG